AUGGCCGGAAUUGUCCAACAGAUCGAUGAGGCCAUCGCUGGCCUCCUCAGCGGUUGGAACGUCUACACCACCGUCAUCGCCUUUUCCCUCGUCGGCUUCCUCGGAUGGAUCAUCUACGACAACGCCGAUGCCGAUACACACCCACUGCUGCUCGCACGACAGGCCCAGGCUUCAUAUGUGAGGCAGCCGGGAGAGUCGGCCAUCUUCAGGUCUCCCGAGACUCCUCACGGCUACCCCCUCCGUACUGGCCUCGCUGUAAAACCUCCGGGCGCUCCCAUGUACUCUGCCGGCAAAGAUGGCGAUCUCCGUGAUAUCUGGCGACGUGUGACGGGCGAGAUUCCCCUCGAUAAAGGUGCCUCAUCCAGCGGUAGUGCACACAUCAUGACCGUCUUCGGCAAGGAAGGUGUUACCGAGCACCCACUUGAAGAAGUCACCAAGGAUAUUGCCGUCAUCGGGAAACAUCUUCAAGGCCGUGGCGCAAAGCGUGUUGCCGUCUAUCUACCCAACAGCCUCGAGUUUCUCUCCACGGUCUUCGCCGGCGCCUUCUACGGCUUUACACCCAUCCUGAUCCCGUACAACCAACCCCACCAGACGCUCAUUGAACUUCUCGUGCAAACCGGUGCCGACGCACUGAUUGCCGAGGCCGGCUCCGUUCCCCUCUCAGAUGUCAGCCAAGCUGUGGCAGACCUUCGUUCAAUUGUCUGGACCGUAGAGAAGACUAGCAGGCACAUGGAUUGGAGCGAGGUACCCGAGGGCAUUGGCGGCAAGGUCGAUGUGGCUGUCUGGCAUGAGCUUGUACAAGAGCACAAGAGCAGCGCCGGUCCGCUCCCCACGACUUCUGAGAAGGCUCCUGGCAUUGUCUUCCUUUGGCAAGAGGCCCCCGGGAAGCCUGCCGAGAUUGUCGAAUUCACGCAACAGAAUAUUGUUGCUGCCACUGGCGCGCUCAUUACAUCUCUUCCGUCAGUCCGCCGUCUCAACGCCUCGGAUACGUUCCUCCCCGCUGAUGCCUUUACUCACUCGUACUGCCUGUGCUUGACUCUUGCUGCCUUGUUCUCGCAUGCUACCGUCAUCGUCCAAUCUGUGGCUGGCCCAGGCGUUGAUCUGACGCUUGCUACUCGUUCCAUCGCUCCUACUGUCACUGUCGUCUCUGCCGAGACUGCAGCAAAGCUUCACAAUACCACGAAGACUUCUGCAAUUGGUGCCGCUAAGAAGCUGGCCCAUUACCUCGAGUCACGCAUCUUGACUGCCGGCCGCCUGCCUACUGACAAUUUCCUCACCAAGCUGAAUGCCCCAGCCAGGGCGGAAAUUGGCACCACGCCUGGCAAGUUGCGCUUGAUGUUUGUUUCGGAACGACAGGGCUUGAACACCCCACCGCUGAGCUCGGAAGAUCUGUCUGACCUUCGAAUCUACACCAAGGCUCGCGUUGUGUACGCUUUGACCACGGCCAAGGUGGCCGGGGCCGUGGCACAGACGAACAUGUACGACUACCGAAGAGAUACGGCAUCGAAUAAGCACAGUCACUUUGGUGUUCCACUAAGCUGCGUUGAGAUCAAGCUGAAGGAUACGCCACAGCACAAGACGACAGACGAGCAUAUUGUUGGAGAGCUUGUUGUAACUGGCUGGUCAGUAGCGGGUGGCCAGGUAUCACUGGGAGUGAACGCCACUAUCCGGGACGACCACACAUUGGCGUAUGUGUAG